AUGACUGUGGAGCAGCCUUGGGUGGAGAAAUAUCGACCAAGGGAGAUCGGAGAUGUUGCUUCCCAGGGGGAGGUGGUGAAAACGCUGGAGAGCGCCCUCAGCUCCGGCAACCUCCCACACCUCUUGUUCUAUGGCCCUCCCGGCACCGGGAAGACGACCUGCGCCCUGGCCAUAGUCCGGCAGCUGUUUGGCGCCGACCUCCUCCGUGCGCGGGUGCUGGAGCUGAACGCUUCCGACGAGCGCGGCAUCGCGGUGGUCCGCAACAAAAUUAAGUCCUUUGCGGCCAUCUCGGUGGGCGCCUCGCCCGCGGGUCGAAGCGUGCCACCCUACAAGGUCAUCAUCCUGGACGAGGCCGAUGCAAUGACCACCGACGCCCAAGCUGCGCUGCGGCGGACGAUGGAGACCUACUCCCGCGUCACACGCUUCAUCAUCAUCUGCAACUACGUGUCGCGCAUCAUCGAGCCCCUCGCCUCCCGCUGCGCCAAGUUCCGCUUCAAGCCCCUGCACGGCACCGUGAUCGACGACCGCAUCAAUCACAUCUGCCAGGUGGAGGGCGUGCAGCUGGGCCCCGACGCGCUUUGCACACUGUCCCGCGUGGCGGGCGGAGACAUGCGCCGCGCCAUCACCACGCUGCAGAGCGCGGUGCGGCUGGGCGGCUCGCCGGUGCGGCCGCAGACACUGAUGGAUGUGGCGGGGGUGGUGCCGGACGCCGCGGCUCGCGGCCUGCUGCACACCUGCCGUGAGAGUGACUUUGCGGGCGUGCAGUCCGCCGUGGCGGACCUCAUCCACGAGGGCUACCCGGCCCAGGAGGUGCUGGCAGAGGUGCAGGGCGCGGUGUUGGUGGACCCCGGCAUCGACGACGUGCGCAAGGCCAGAGUGUUGGAGCGGCUGGCGCUGGCGGACAAGGCGCUGAUCGAUGGCGCCGACGAGUUCCUGCAGCUGCUGGCGGUGGCCAGCCUGACGCAGCGCGUCAUCCUCGGCCAGGCGUGA